AUGGCACAUUUCCUGGAGCUGUUGCCACGAUUUCUCAAAGGAUCCAUGUGCUUGAGUUCCUCAAUAAAUGCAGACUCAGUCCCAAACCCAGACUGUGAAGCAGUUAAUCAAAAUAAACAGCUACUGCAACUGACGAGAUGUCAAACCCUGUAUUUCCAUGCAAACGCCUUGCAUCAGCACAGGCACUUCAGUACUCAGUCUGAAUCUAAACCAAAACCUAAUGACAUUGACAGAGAUGAGAAAGCCAGCGUUUUAGAUGAGAACUGUAACAAGGGUAAGGCUAUUAUUGACAAUGAAGGAGUGAAACCUGAAGUUGAAGGAACAAUAGAUCCAGUUUAUGAUGUCGAAAGUGAAGAGCUGCAGAAAAUGAGUCUGUGGCAAAGGUACAAGAUCGUGUUGAAACAGUACGGCAAAGUUAUGAUACCCGUACAUUUAGCCACAUCUACCGUAUGGUAUGGUUCAUUCUACUACAUAGUUAAACACAGUGGCAUUGACAUGAUCCCAUAUAUUGAAAAAUUUCUCUUGAAGAUUGGGUUUGGCGAAUCUAUUAUUCACCAGAUAAAUUCACCCACCGCCAGUGGACUUUUAAUUGCAUAUGCCAUGUACAAGAUAGCCACCCCAGCCAGGUAUACUGUUACGCUGAUGGGCACCAGUUACUCCGUACGCUACCUACGAAGGAAGGGAUUCAUCGCUGCAGCGCCACCAAAGGACAAGACGUUGCGAGAAGCAGUGAAGGAAUCGAUGGACGAUAUGAAAGACAGAUCUAAACAAAUGAUAGAGAAAAAACGAAGAGGAAAUUGA